AUGUACUGUAUCUCCUCGAACGAUGCUGAUUCAGACAAAGAUCCAAAAGUUGUGGCAGCGACGACCAAAAGAGAAGCCUUCAUCGCAUUUCUAUUCGUAUCUACAGCGAUGACCAUGUUCUGUAUUAUGUUAUUCACCUUCCACUACUUCAAUCCUGUUCUGAUUGGGUUUGCCUUACUAUCAACUGGUGCGUAUAUUGCUGGGGCAGUUGGUAAUCGGUUGAGGAAUUCGACGCUUUAUAUUCCUGCUCAACUUUUGAGUGUAAGUUUGUUAUACUGAAUGCUUAAAAUUGGGAUACCAUUGGGUUUUAGGCCUUAAAAAUGGAUUUCGAUGGCUAAAUUUAUGUUGUAAACUAUGUUUUAUGCCGAUUUAAACAUAAAUUUUAAUAAAACAAACCUUCAUCUACAAUUUAAAACACUAAUAUUUCCAUUUUUCAGUUGUUCACCUUCUGUUUUGGCUACUUUAUCCUCUUUUCCUUGGUCAUCGGAGAGAUCUGCACCAUGUUCCAGCCAAAACAAGAACGACAAUAUGAAUUUCUGCGUGAAACAGAGACUUCAAUGUUACUGAUCUCUAUGGUACUUCUAGACAUUGUUGUGCUUGUUAUUGUGCAGCUAUUCGUGUGGGUAUUCAAGGUGACCAACAGAGAUUAUCACGCUGUUUUGGCUUCUGAAUCUCUUCGAAAAGAAGUUCAGGACAUUGAGAAUAAGGUUCAGAAUGUCUAG